UUCAUUGAAGAAAGCUAACUUUGGAUUAAAAAGCUGUACAAUUUUACUGGGUUUGAAAAGUCUUAUGAAAUCUCCUUUGAAUUAAUUCUGGGAUAAUGUGAUAUUAUUGAGUUUUCUUGUGUUACAAGCAAUGGCAUCCCUUUAAGGCAGGGAGGCACUAGAACUGCAUUUGCCUUGAACAAAUCCACCAGAGCAGUGGGGCGGCAGUAGCCAUGGAUCGAAUGAGGCCGGUGUAUGUCAGGCAGAAGAGCGGUAACAGCACCCCCGGACCACCAACCUCGCCAAUGAAGUCGCCAAUGCACCACCAUGGGAGGUCGGGGUCGGUUGGAAUGGGGGGUGCCAAGAAAGCGCAGCACACGAAAGCUGCGGCUCAAAGACUUGCACAUGUGAUGGCCAAUAAACCAACUGAGGACGACGAUGAGGAGGACGACGACCUUUCUUAUGAUCUUAGCAGCUUGUCAAGCAGCACAGGGAGCAUCGGACUUGCCGGUGGAAGAUCAAUGCGCCCUCGCUCCCCAAUGGUAAUGGGCUUGUGGUCUGUUCGUACUGUUCAAGAUCAACCUACAUCUACACGCACAACACCAGGUGGCCGAUCAUCUCAAUCUGUCAAUCCUGUGGAACAGCCAUCUUCAACUCAUUCAACACCAGCUAGCCGAUCAUAUCAAUCCUUAAACCAAACAGAACAGCCAUCAUCUGCUCAUUCAACGCCAGCAAGCCGACCCUUUCAAUCCAUCAACACUAAAUCCAUCAACUCUGCUGCCGAACAACCACAUUCUCUUCGUUCUUCGAUAGCUACUAGACCAUUGCAGCCGUCUAGUUCCAACGAACAACCUACCUCUGCUCGUUCUAUGUCAGCCAUGAACUCUGUAGAACAACCACAUUCUAUUCGUUCUGGCAUGGCUGCAGCUCGAUCAUCUCAGCCUCCCAACUCUGUCGAACAACCUACCUCUGCUCGGUCUAUGUCAGCCAUGAACUCUGUAGAACAACCAUAUUCUAUCCGUUCUGGCAUCGCCACUCGAUCAUAUCAGCCUACCAACUCUGUGGAACAACCUACCUCUGCUCGUUCUUUAGCCGCUGCUCGUCCACAAUUAGGAACCAAGCCAGUCCACAUGGUACCAGCUAGUGUACCUAUAUCACUUAGGCCACCCUCUUCUGCAGAUGGUCCAGUUGAUAAUCGGAGAGAGCCAGUACCUAUAUCACUUAGGCCACCCUCUACUGCCAUUCUAUCAGAAGCUGCUGCAGUUGACAAUCGGAGAGAUAAAAGGUUGUCAAUGGAUUUAGGCAGUUUAAACAUGAGAGAAACUAGGACUCAGCGUUCUUCCGCUUUACAAGAUGAGCUUGAUAUGCUACAGGAAGAAAAUGAGAGUUUACUUGAAAAGCUUCGACUUGCAGAAGAGAGGUAUGAGGAAACAGAGGCAAGAGCUCGACAGCUCGAGCAACAGGUUGCUACUCUUGGAGAAGGUGUAACAUUAGAAGCCCGUCUUCUAAGCAGAAAGGAGGCAGCACUGCAGCAAAGGGAGGCUGCUUUGAGAUUGGCUGCACAAACUCAUGGCGGCAGUGGUGGUGGUAGUGGUAGAAAUGAUGAAGCAGAGUAUGAACUGAAAUCGCUUCGGAUUAUGACUCAAAGAAUGAUACUUACUCGCGAAGAGAUGGAAGAGGUGGUCUUGAAGAGAUCUUGGCUUGCUCGGUACUGGAGUUUAUGUGUUGAACACGGUAUUCAUGCUGAGAUUGCCACAUCAAGAUAUGAAUUCUGGUCAGCUCUUGCUCCUCUUCCUGUUGAAGCUGUUUUAGCAGCUGGAGAGAAAGCUAAGGAGGAGAUAGAACACAAUGAUCUAGAUAUAGAUGGAAGAGAAGAUAGUCCACGCAAUUUGAAUGAACUCUCGGGAGAGAGAAACAUUGAGAGCAUGCUUUUGGUGGAGAAAGGUCUGCGCGAAAUAGCUUCAUUGAAGGUAGAGGAUGCAGUGGCGCUGGCGAUGGCUCAACAUCGACGACCCAGUUCAAUGAAAACUGGUCUAUCAGAGUUGAAGCUACCAAUUGAUGGACAGUUUGAAGCAUUUGAACUAAGCAAAGAGGAGUCUGAAGAUGUGCUUUUCAAGCAGGCUUGGCUUGCAUAUUUCUGGAGAAGAGCCAAAAACCAUGGGGUGGAAGCAGAUAUAGCAGAUGAGCGUUUGCAAUUCUGGAUCAACCACAACUCCAAAUCACCCACCACUUCACAUGACGCAGUUGACGUUGAGCGUGGCCUUCUGGAGCUGAAGAAGUUGGGCAUUGAAACCCAGUUGUGGAGAGAAUCUCGCAAGUGGCUUGAGCAUGAUUCGAUGCAUAGAACCCGAAGUCUGUCUGAUUUCUGAUAAAAAAAAGUUGGAGGCAGGCCUUCUUCAUUGAUAUAAUCUCUUCUCCUUCCUUGGAAUAGAUUCAUUUUUGUACAAGUUUUCUGGUGUGGAGAAAACCUAGCUAAAAGGAAACACCAUAUAGUAUUUAAUCAUUUAAUCAUAUGGUGUGGCCAAAAACAGAUUAAAGUGAAGACUAUCUUUACAUAAUGUCUUAAUGGAUCAUGUACUCUCUCUGUAGCUAUGUUCCAACAGGGCACACCUUACCCAUCAUGGGCAGGGAGCAACUAACAUUUUCUCCACCAACCUUCCCCCUUCCCUUCUUGGGUUAACCUCGAGAGCUAAGAUUUUUUAUCAUUUUUAGCUAAUUCUUUUAGC